UCCUAGCUAUCUUUUAUAAAUAAGACUGUUUGGGCGCUUUGCGUGGAAAAGGAUGAAAGACAAACAAUUGGGAAUAUACGAAGCAUUAACAGAAGGCUGUAACCGGCUUUUGUUAAUAUUCUUUACUUGAUCAAGUUUUCCAGCCCCUCAGUGAAAAUGGCCACAUCGGAGAGUGCAAGUUUGAGUAAAGCUGUUAAGCAGCAGUAUAUGGAACUCCCUCAAGGAGAUAAGGUCCAGGCCAUGUACAUUUGGAUAGAUGGGACUGGAGAGGGGCUCCGCUGUAAGACCAGAACUUUGGACUCUGAACCAAAGACCAUUCAAGAUCUACCAGAGUGGAACUUUGAUGGUUCCAGUACGUACCAGUCUGAGGGGUCAAACAGUGACAUGUACCUUAUCCCAGCUGCCAUGUUUAGAGACCCUUUCAGAAAAGAUCCCAACAAAUUGGUCCUGUGUGAAGUCCUUAAAUACAACCGCAAGCCAGCAGAAACCAACCUCCGUCAGACAUGUAAGAAGAUCAUGGAGAUGGUGGAGAACCAGGUGCCCUGGUUCGGCAUGGAACAGGAGUACACCAUCCUGGGAACAGACGGACAUCCUUUUGGUUGGCCCUCCAAUGGCUUCCCUGGACCACAAGGGCCCUAUUACUGUGGCGUGGGAGCCGACAAGGCGUAUGGUAGAGACAUUGUAGAAGCCCACUACAGGGCCUGUCUUUAUGCCGGGGUUCAAAUUUGUGGCACCAAUGCUGAAGUCAUGCCAGCUCAGUGGGAGUUCCAGGUGGGGCCGUGUGAAGGGAUCAACAUGGCCGACCACCUCUGGGCAGCUCGGUUCAUCCUCCACCGGGUGUGCGAGGACUUCGGCGUGGUGGCCUCCUUCGACCCCAAGCCCAUCCCUGGGAACUGGAACGGCGCCGGUUGCCAUACCAACUUCAGCACCAAGGAAAUGAGGAACGAGGGUGGGCUGAGGGCCAUUGAGGAUUCCAUCGAGAAGCUGGGGAAGAGGCACAGCUACCACAUCCGUGCCUAUGAUCCAAAAGGGGGGCUGGACAACGCCCGGCGCCUGACUGGUCGCCACGAAACAUCCAACAUCCACGAGUUCUCAGCCGGCGUGGCGAACCGCGGAGCCAGCAUCCGCAUCCCCCGCUCAGUGGGUCAGGAAAAGAAGGGCUACUUCGAGGACCGCCGCCCGUCUGCUAACUGUGACCCAUACGCAGUCACAGAAGCUCUGAUACGCACAUGUCUGCUCAGCGAAGAGGGGGAUGAGCCAGUCGAAUACGGAAAAUGAACUAAACACUCCUUUGGGACUAAAAUGAUCCCUUUCCACUUAAUAUUAUCCUAGUACUGAUGGUUUGUGGCUACAUGAAUAGCUUAGAAAAACUCCUUGUCUUGCAAGUCUUGACCAGUCGUACAUGCUUAAUGCAUUCUGCCGGGUUGUCACAUACCUUUUUUAGCUUGAUUUCUGCCAACAUUCCCUUUUUAAUGCUAUGGACCAGAUUAUUCCAGACAUGCCAGUUGAAGGUGAAUGUUUUCUAUAUGUAGGUACAUUUUUAGUUGCUGUAUCAAUCUGCUACUCAACUUGUAACAUGAUUUACUAAUCUCUUUGUCUAACUCCAUGAAUCCAAGUCCCAGCUGUUAGUCUAAAUGUAUGGCUUAUUAUGGUCUACAAUUAGCUAUUGGGGGCCUUUUAGGAUUAUGUACCAUUUACUCUUAUGGGGCCAGUUAGGAACUUGUUUUAUAAGUGACAGAAUCUGUUUAACUAUUUUGUAACAUAAAGCUAAUAUUUUCACCAUAAUCUUUUUUUUGUUUGACUUGGUAAUAUUUAUGAAGUUACGCUUGUGAUCAACACUGAAGUAACCCGCUUCUCAAUUUAUAACAAUCUACAGAGACUGGAUACAUGCAUAUUGUAUUGACUGAACUGUAGUUAUACAUCUGUCAUUCUGCAUAAUCUACAUUUUUCUUAAAGUUCUCUGCCUUA